CAAUAAACGUCAGUAGCGUGUCACUGUUUGUAUAAAAUCAUUAUGUCAACUACAAAAAUCAAUCAAAAAGAAUAUCUGAAGAAGUAUCUCUCUGGCGAUGACAAAAAGAAAAAGAAAAAAAAGAAGCGAAUUGGUGUACAAACAGUAAAAAUCAUUGACGAUGACGUUGACCUGCAGAAAAUUAGACCUCUUGACGACGAUGAAUUUGAAAUUCUAAACACUACAGAGGAUGCUCCACAAAUUGUUGGUAUUGUUGAUGAACGAGGACCUGCGGAUUUUUCCGACAAGAGCAAAUGGAGAAUUAUUGCUGACGAUGGAAUGGGUGACAUUAGCAUUAGGGAACAGAAGGAAAAUAAAAGAGACGAUGACAAUGAAUUCGAUGAGAUUUCAAAGGAAAUUCCCCAAAAAAGCAAAAUAGAAAAUGAUGAUUUUAGUCCAUCAAGACAGAAAAAAACCAAUAAACAUAGAGAUUCUGAUUCAAAUUCAAGUCCAGAGGGAAGAAAUGAUUCCGAUUUAAGUCCACCAAGAAAAUCUAAAAAUAAAAAUUACGAUUCCGAUUUAAGUCCACCAAGAAAAUCCAAAAAUAAAAAUUACGAUUCCGAUUUAAGUCCUCCGCGAAGAACCAAAGCAAAAGGUAAUGAUUCUGAUUUAUCACCACCUAGAAAAUCAAAGAAAACAAAAUAUGAUUCAGAUGUAAGCCCACCGAGAAAUGAAAGACGAAGAGGAAAAAAUGAUUCCAAUUUAAGUCCAACAAGAAAAUCGAAAGGAAGAUCAAAAAAUUACGAUUCUGAUUUAAGUCCACCAAGAAAAUCCAAAAAUAAAAAUUACGAUUCCGAUUUAAGUCCACCGAGAAAAUCCAAAAACAAAAAUUACGAUUCCGAUUUAAGUCCUCCGCGAAGAUCUGAAGCAAAAGGUAAUGAUUCUGAUUUAUCACCACCUAGAAAAUCAAAGAAAACAAAAUAUGAUUCAGAUGCAAGCCCACCGAGAAAUGAGAGACGAAGAGAAAAAAAGAAAAAUUUCGAUUUGAGCCCACCAAGAAAAUCAAAAAAUUACGAUUCCGAUUUAAGUCCACCGCGAAAAUUUAGAAAUAAAAAUUAUAAAUCAAGUCCAUCGAGAGAGGACAAUAGAAAUAAAUAUGAAAAAUCAAAUUUAAAUCGUCGAAAAUAUCGAAAUUCGGAAAGUCCUAAACAUUCUAGAAAUAGAGACAGAAGAUAUGAUAAAAAUGAGAGAAUUGAUGAACGUUCAUUUAAAAGAGGUGAAACAAGACGUGAUUUUGAAAGGAAUUCACCAGAACGAAGAAAUAGAAAACGAUCAGAAUCACCAUCAAGACAGAGAAAAUCGAGAUGGAAUCGUGAGAGCAAAUCAAUAAGUCCAGAAAUUUCCAAGGAUAAGCGAAUGAAGAAAACGUUGGAUGGUAAACAAGCAGGAUUACAAGAUGCGAAAGCGUUAAGAGAAGAAACAGCGGCUCACAAAAAGAGGGAAACUGAAAUGUUCGAAAAGCUAAGUGCAGAAGUGAGUGGACAGGGUCAAUCGGUUGUUAUUCGAGAUAGAAAAACUGGAAGAAGACGAGAUUUGCAAGCAGAAGCUGCCAUUGAACGUGAAAAGGAGGAAAGACAACAAGAAGUAAAUGAACAGUACGCAAAAUGGGGAAGAGGGCUCAAACAAGAAGAAGAUCGUGAAGAGAAAUUAAAGGAUGAUUUACACGAAAUGAAAAAGCCUUUGGCAAGAUAUGAAGAUGAUGAGGAUUUGGUAAAAUUACAAAAGAAUGCAAUUCGCGAUGAUGAUCCAAUGUUGCAAUUUGGUAGGGAAAAAUUAGAAGAGCAAGGUUUAAUUAAAACAGCCAGUAAAAAGCAAUUAUCAGCGCCACCUAAUCGAUUUGGUAUUAUGCCUGAUGAAAAAUGGGAUGGCGUGGAUCGUAGCAAUGGUUAUGAGAAAAAAUGGUUUGAUUCGCAAAAUGCAAAAAAAGCGAGAAAAGAAGAAGCUUAUAAAUACAGUACUUCGGAUAUGUGAGAAUAUUUGGUUGAUUUUUUUUUCUACAAAACUUGUAUAAAAAUCUAAUUUUAGUAAUAUUAUUAUAUAUAUAUAUAUUAAUUAUUAUAUAUAAUAAAGCAAAAUUCUGUAAAGUCA